AUACAGGAAGUGAGUCCUUCAGCUGCAUGCGCAACCUUCACGCGUUCCUCUGGCAAUCCGCACCCAGGAAAUAAAAAGAAAAAGAAAAAGAAAAAACGAACAAAAAAGUAAAAAAACAAACAAAAGAACUCAGGACCGUCAGAGCCCGUUUCUCUUCGAACCUGAUCCGGACCCGGACCCGCGCUGCACCCCGCCGCAGAACGAUGGACCCGCGUUUCAACUCCAGACUCUGGGCGGUCUGCUUCCUGGUCUGUACCAGUGUGGCUCUGGACUGUGACUGGGAUAAAUCCAUUGACCCGAAUCAGGGUCUCGGUAUGUUAUCCAUGGAACGCGGGGCGGUCCUGGGCCAGGCCUGGAAGGUUUUGGAGCCAGAGGCCUGUAGAGAGGCGUGCUGCGAUGCGUCAGACUGUGACCUGGUUGUGGUAGAUCCCUCCGCGGACGGAGGGCCGCAGUGUCUGAUGGUUCGUUGUGUGGUAGGGGACCGUGACGUAUGCGCCCUUCAGCCCAGCGCUCAGCUCCGGGUUUACCGCAAAGCAAGGAUCAGUGUGGCCCGAAACCACACGGGGACAGGCGGGGACGGACCGCAUAUCAGCCCGAUGUCGCUGGAGCCCGGAACCAGACUCAAAGCCAGCAACAACCAAAACAACGAGGACUCCAACGGUAAGUGUCUAAAAGUACACUUUAAAAAAAAUUAUCUGUUAUGUUAAAUUUAUUGAAAUAAUCUGUUAAAUUUGUUUUUCUAAACAUAAUCUGUUUAAUUUGAUUUCAUUAAAAUAAUCUGUGAAAUUUAACUUUAUUAAAAUAUGUUAAAUUUCAUUCUAUGAAAAUAUUCUGUUAAAUUAAACUUUCUUAAAAAUGUUCAAUUUGACUCUUAUAAAACAAUCUGUUAAAUUUUAUUUUAUGGAAAUAACCAGUUCAUUUAAACCUUAUUUUAAACAUUGGUGAUGAUAAAGAUUAUGGUGGUGAUGAUAAAUGUGAUGGUGAUGAUGAUGAAGAGAAAGUUGCUGAUGAUGAUGGUUAUGAUGAUGAAGAUGAUAGUAAUAAGGUAAUGAUGAUGAUGAUAAUGAUGAUGACGUAAUUGUGAAGAUGGUGAUGAUAAUACUGACUGUGAUGAUGAUUAUGAUAUUUAUGACUGUGACGAUGAUGGUGAUCAUGAUGAUGGUGAUGUAGAUGCCCUCAGCCUUGUUUUCAGUGGUCGAGAUCAGUUUUGGGAGUUCAGUUCAGUUUUGGGAGAUUUUGUCUCGGUCCGGUGAAUUUAAUUUUAGACCCUUCAUGAAAAUUAAAAGCAUAUCAGCUGUUUAAGACUUCCUGGUGAAAUAAUUGUUGAAAUUUCAUUUGUUUAAAUAAAUUUGAAUAACAUAAUAUGAAUAUAGAAAUGAAGGUGUAACUACUCAAUGUGAUGUUAAAAAUAAUAACCAGAUUAUAACCUGAGGAUAUGUCAAACUUCCUGCCCUGUGUUGAGGGAGCAGGUGAGGAAUGCUGCUGGUCUGGUUCUAUGAGAGUGACUCACCUGUUAAGGUUUAAGCGUGUCAGAGCACAGCAUGUGACAUCUGACUUUUUCUGGAACCUGACAGGUCUACCUCUUCUUUUAUUUAUUUAUUUAUUUAUUCAUUUAUUUAGACAGGACAGUACCAGUUCAUGGACAAGGAGAAGAAGACAUGAAACAUGAUAGCUAAGGCUAAUUUCCAUCUUCAUCAAAACAAGAGAAACACCCAACUGUAAGGCCAUCUGAUGGAAUUAGAUCCAAAACCAUAUCAGUAUAGAACGAGUUUCAGACAGCAUAGCGUGCUGAUUCUGGGUAACCCCCUCAGAACCUGUUAGAGUUCAAUCUAAAGCCACGGAAACAACCCAGAGCUGGGCAAUUUAUCCAAAAACAUCUACAAUUACAAUUUUAGUCUCACAUAACCUUGCAAAAUAUGACCAAGUCUGAAUGAUGGUAAGCUGCCUGCUGUGUUGCUACUGUUACGUCCUCUGCAGUGAAUGAAACACAACCACUCUCCUUAACAAAAGAGCAGGGGCAAGACUCCUCCCCCAGCUGGAGUAAGGUAGGUGGAGUAAGCAGGAGGAGGAGAAGGAGGAGAGAGGUGUGUGUGUGUGUGUGUGUGUGUGUGUGUGUGUGUGUGUGUGUGUGUGUGUGUGUGUGUGUGUGUGUGUGUGUGUGUUAGUUAACCUAUCUCGACUUAGAGACACUUGUUUAGGUGGACAUGCCCUGUUUUGGUUUCUUGUUGGUUUCAGGUGAGAAAGUCAGUCAGGUAAAAGAAUCCCCCUACACACACACACACACACACACACACACAAAUCUGUCUCAUGGUGAGUCUGUGUGUAGGAGUAUCAGGAAUCAGCCAAUCAUUCCUAGUUGGUUUCGGGUAUUGGAUGGUUUUUUUUACAGGUGUUAGACAGUUGGCAUGCUAUCACUUACUGUCCUUUCACUUCCCCCUCAGUUCGCUGUCGUCUCCCAAUGAAGGUCGGUCUUUGUCGAGCUGCCUUCCCAAAGUUCUACUACGAACCAACAAAUCAGAGCUGCCGCAGCUUCAUCUACGGUGGCUGUGAUGCUAAUGCUAACAUGUUUGACUCUAAGGAAGAGUGUGAGGACACCUGCAGGGGAGUGACAGGUACACACAAGCAAACACACACACACACACACACACACACACACACACACACACACACACACACACACACACACAUGCACAGCCAUAAUCAUGUUGCUGCUGCUGCUGCUGCUGCUGCUGAUGAUGAUAAUUGAUGAUGAUGAUGGUGUGCGUGCGUGCCUGUGUGUGUGUGUGUGUGUGUGUGUGUGUGUGUGUGUGUGUGUGUGUGUGUGUGGGUGGGUGCCUGCAUGUGUGUGUGUGUGUGUGUGUAUGUAGGUCCUGUUCUCCCUGAUGAGUCAACUGCUGCUACUCCCCAACCUCAAGUCAACACUGCUGCUCUCCUUCCUUCGCUCAACACAAGUAACUACUCAAUUCACGUCAGCGGUGCAACCUCAGAGACACUCUGAACAAUGCUAUUAAUUACAGAGUUUUAUAAAUUGGUAAACUGGUUAAUGUAAUUCUGUCAUGAAACACCACUGCUGUUUAUGAUAUUUGUAAAAAGUUGAUAUAGAGGAACAACCGAACAGGUAGAGUUCUUGUAGAAGAGGAACCAAACAGGUAAAAAGUUCUUAUAGAGGAAUAGACACUGUUUUAGUGUCCAAAACAGUCAGCAUUGUCAGUCAUCCAACUCGAACAGUUCAAUAACCCACCGAUAUUAUUUACCGUUUAUAUCUUGUUCCUCGUGGUCAGCGCAUUUCAUCCAUUUGCAUUGUGCGAAAAAAGUUUUAGCUCCCUUUAGCUUCAGGUGUCCUGAUAGAGGCUGACAGGAGGAGCAUCUCUGUUCUUGGUACCGAGUCCGGAUCACAGCCCCAGACAGGCAGUGACUAACUCACAGUGUUGGAUCCGUGAACUGGUAGAAGAAGACCAGGAGUAAACAACUGAGCUGGCCGACCAGAAACAGCGCUUAAAACUUUUAUUUUAAUCACACAAUGCAAAUGGAGGAGACACUGACCGUGAGGAAUGGGAUGUACAGGAUGUAAACGGGAAUAAUAUUGGUGGAUUAUUAAUCUGUUGGAGCUGGAUGACUGAUGCUGACUGUUUAAGAUACCAGAUUGAAGGUAAGAAAUUUUUCCCUCCGUUAUUUUCUCUAGGGCUGCAACGAUUAGUCGACGUAAUCGAUUAUGUCGACACGACAAAUUCAUCGACACGAAAACGAAGCGUCGACGCGUCGUGUUAUUGUUGUUAAGAAUCACAUGCCGGCGCCUCAUGCUCAUCUAUAACUGCAGUGCACUACAGGAUGUGCUGGGGGCAGUAGUGCUCGCUGUUUACAUCCCGCGAGCAAACACAGAAGAAGAGUGCACACAUUAUGGCAGAACAAACGGAAAAAGACGCUCCAAAACUCCGACCCAAAUCUUAAAAAGUUUUGGAACAUUUUACGGAGAACAAACCAAAAAAACACGUUGAUCAGAGCUCAGCUUUCCUACCAUGGCAGCACCACGGCGAUGCAUGAGCACCUGAAACGCCGACACCCCGGAAAUAGGUGUUUAUAAAAAAAGAAGAUAGUGAUUAAUCGGACGACUAGUCGAUAGAUUAGUCGACAAAAAAAUAAUCGUUAGUUGUAGCACUAAUUUUAUGUCAUAUCUCAGUUAAACAGUGGUGUGGUGUAAUUAGCUGCUGUGAAAGCUGUAGCUUGGUGAACACAGAUGUGUCUGUGUGGAUAAGAGGGGCUGUUUUGGUCAGGCAGGUGUGUUCAUGAGGGAGACUCUGGUGAUGAAGUUUAUUACACUUAAUACCAAUGUUUACGUUAGAUCACUGCUGCUGCGUGCGGGCGGAAGGCAGGCGUGCGGGAGGGUGGGAGGGUGGGCGGGUGGGCGUGUGUUUGUAAGGAUCCUUGGUGUGCUACCAGAGGUUUUAGCCUCUCUCCCAGAUGAUGACUGAUGUUUAUCAAACAUUGCCCCAAGAAUUGAGGGUCUUUGCAAAGCAAAACAGGCUCAGGUCUCACAUUAACAUUGCCUACCAGUGCAGGGAGGGGAGGGGGGGAAACUGCAUGAAACGAUCUUUGGGGGGACGCAAAUGUAUGUGUACAUAUAUAUAUAUAUAUAUAUAUUGUGGUCAAAAGUUUACAUACACUUGUAAAGAACAUAAUGCUAUGGCUCUCUUGAGUUUUCAGUUAUUUCUACAACUCUGAUUUUUCUCUGAUAGAGUGAUUGGAAUAGAUACUUCUUUGUCACAAAAAACAUUCAUGAAGUUUAGUUCUUUUAUGACUUUAUUAUCGGUUAACAGAAAAAUUGACAAAAUCUGCUGGGUCAAAAAUAUACAUACGUGAAUUAGCAAUUUUGGUGACUUAGAAAGUUGUGUCAGUGAAAUGAGCUUCAUAGCAUGGUCUCUUAACUUCUUGUGAGUGAUUAUGAGUGACUACAGCUGGUGACUUCUCUGAGGCCAUUUAAAUACGGCUCAUUGGAUACAAACGCCCACCAAUGCUACAAUGGGAAAGUCAAAGGAGCUCAGCAUGGAUCUAAAAAAGCGAAUCAUUGACUUGAACAGUUCAGGAAAGCCACUUGGAGCAAUUUCAAAGCAGCUGCAGGUCCCAAGAGCAGAAGUGCAAACAACUGCUUGUGAGUAUAAAGUGCAUGGCACUGUUUUGUCACUGCCACGAUCAGGAAGAAAACGCAAGCAAUCACCUGUUGCUGAGGGAAAAUUGGUCAGGAGGGGGAAGAGUCAAUCGAGAACCACCAAAAAGCAGAUCUGCCAAGAAUUAGAAGCUGCUGGAACACAGCUGUCAGUGUCCACAGUCAAGCGUUUUUUGCAAAUCCAUGGACUGAGAGGCUGCUGUGCAAGAAGGAAGCUCUUGCUUCAAAAGCAGUACCUUAAGGCUCGACUGAAGUUUGCUGCUGAUCACAUGGACAAAGAUAAGACCUUCUGGAGGAAAGUUCUGUGGUCAGACGAAACAAAUAUUCGAGCUGUUUGGCUGUUUGUUCCGAUUACCGAUUAAUAAGAUUUUUUACAUUUUUUAUGAAGUUUUAAAAUGUUGUUAAUUUAAGUAAUAUAUCUACAUAUUUACUUGUGUUUUUAAACAAAUGGCUGCUUUUGAGCCUUUCAAAAACUUCUUCAAAGAAAUAAAGGCAGAAAACUCAUUUCAAAUCCUUACAUUAAGCAUUUUUCUUAGUUGUGUUUACAUAAUAUGAGUUACACUACACCCCCGGCUAUUUAUUUUAACAGUAAUAAAGAUGAUAAACUAAUUCUUUUCAGCUUAUUAUUCAGACUAUAGCGGGUAUGAGUCUGAUUAUUUCCGCAACCUCCCUCUUGUCAAACUCACACACUCGUCAUCCUCUAAAAUAAAUAGCCUAUAUAAAUAAAUAAAUAAAAAAAGCUAACUCGCAUACAUCAUAAAAAUUAAGGAAUACUAGAUAUACUGUAGGCUACUGCUGUUCAUGCUGACAGGAAGACCGACUGAUCGAAUCAGUAAUAUUCCAGGUAUUUAUCAUGAAUCAAACUCGGACCAGAGAAGCGUUUUCAACUAUCCCCCCACCCCCCUUGCCGACUGUGCCUCAGUGUCUUAACUCACGUUACUCAUUUCCGGUCCGGUCUCAAUUGGAGACACGCAGCUGCCUCAGUAAGAGAAGUAGCUCAAUCACGUAAUUUGUACUGUUGUUUAUUCUGCCAUCACUGGCACAGCUAACAGUGUAGCAAGGCUAAUAGCAGAUGGCUAACUCUAACUUUAGCUUGCAUAUUACAUGGUGCUUCACUGUUAACUUGGCAUGACCGAGACCAGCAUAGCAGGGAACAUUGUGGAGUGGGUUGAACUGAAACUUGUUGACUUAUUGUGUAUUUUACAAACUGGUUUAUUUACCGUUAAGGCAGACCACUGUAAUCCGCGCGUCCCUGCUGCUGCUCGCUACAAAUCUGUCACUCUGCUGUGCUGUGAGGUAGUUAGUGGAUGAAGAUUGUCAUGAGGUUGCUGUGCCAUCUACAGGAUAAGUCUGGGGAUCUUUUCAAAUGGCGGAACACUUUCGAAGUGAAACCGAAUCUUAUUCUCCGCAUUCUAUUUCUGAAAAUAUCGGUGACAAUCGGCGAGUUUUGGCCGAUUACCGAUUAGUCUCAAACGGGCUAAAAUUGGCUGAUUUAAUCAGCUCACCGAUAAAUCGGUCGGGCCCUAUAAAGGAAUAUCUUAUCUUUUUAAAGAGUAAAGAGUUUUAUUAGAAAAACAACCAAACAGGCAAAGAGUUCUUUUAGAAGAACAACCAAACAGGUUAAAAGUUGAUAUAGAGACAUGAUUAGGUAUAAAAAGGGCAUUCAGAAAGUCUGAGGCUGUUUUCAAAUUUAAAUACUUUACUAGCAGUCUGUACUGAUUUGCCCAAAAUGUAGUGUGCAGUGUUCAAACUAAUACGAAAGUUGCAGUAUGCCAAAAAUACCGCAUGACAUACUGAUUCAGGGAAGUUUCACAGUAUGCAUCAGUCCAGUCUGCUUUUCCAACGGUUACCCACAAUGCAAAGCGCCUGAUCAGAGUUUGGCUUGGGAGGGAGUGGUAGUGGGGUGCCUGGAUACUCAGUCAUUUCAAAUUUGUGCCAAAGUUUAUUUUUCACUUCUAAUUUGUAGAUUAUGGUCUAAAGAACAAUUUUAGUUCGAGUGUCAAGAAAGCAGAUUGAAGAAAAAUAUAUUUUUUGCCCAAUUUCCAAAAUGACCAAAAUCAGAAAUUAUGUUUCUUUGAACAGUGUCUAAUUUUCCCACAAUAGCUGUCUAAUAUAUAUUUUAAUUACAGUACCAUGUCAAUACUGUGUGAGAAAUCAACAGGACUUCAAAUAUUGAUGUUUUAAAUAUUUAUAGUUAUUAUAUGAAGUUUUACAUAAAUGAGACAACAGCAAAUAAUGAGCUAAAACAUGGUUAUUACACUCCAACAACUAUAAUACAGUUUAACUGUACCACAGUAUGUUGCCAUUGGCCUUCAGAACUUCCAAUACAAUAUUUUACAGAAGAAAAAAAUGAAUUAAACACAAUCAUACAAUCUUGGACUCUGGCCAAGCUAGUUUUCACAAUUACAUUUGCAAAGACGUGUACACUUACAAGGAGUUUUACAGGAGCACUUAACAUCUAACUUUAAUAUAUCCUUGGCCAGGGGCAGAGUGGUCCAAAUGGGAAGCAGCUUCCCAUUCUCUUCCUUCCACCCAUAAUUAGUUGGACUGUGCAUGGGCAUCAUGGACCUGAAUGAAGGAAUGAAUGAUUUGAUUAAUUAACCAUUAAUUAAUUCAUUAAAUUGACAUAGUAGUGCAAUACCCAAAUUCAUGCAGAUACAUACAUAUGGGCUACAUAUAGGCGACACUUGCUUGGAAGACACUCCUAUUCAGAUGUUGAUCCAAAGCAUCACUAGUUGGGGGAAUUCUCUCCACAUCCCUAGUUUUCUGUGAGAAUUGAUCAACAUCAGUGCCCUUGUUUGAGUCAACAGUGUACAGCCUACAGACAAAGUUUGUCGCUGCUUCUUUCAGCCUUGGAGAUGCUUGAUAUGGAGUGUCGACAAGACCUGCAAAUUCCUCCAUGAGGGAUCGCACUUUGAUGGCACAAAUCCCAGUUCCAUGGAAGGAUGAGCUUGAAUUACGUGAUGUGGGAUUAUGAUCCAAGUUAUCCAAGGCUCCAACUGUGAAAAUUUGUUUACGCACAUUUGUAGGACAGACUAUAUCUGCGUUGUUCCUUGUUUGUUGUGCAAUAGCCCGUGCAAAACUAGCCUCAAUGCUGAGGACUUUCUUAUAUGACACGCUAAGAGAAUUUUUAUGUAGGAGUUCUACUAACUUCUUGCUUUUUGUUUGCGAGUGCAAUUCGAGUGCCAGGUACACUGCAAGUGGAGGCUCACAAUUCAAUUUAGCAGAAAGAGAUGUCAUAUUUAGCAUGGCGACCUGACUCACAGACAGGAACUCCCUGGAACUUUCUUCUUCUGGUGAUGAUUUGGGCCCUGAAAGGAGAUGACGGAAGAAAUACUUCAUACGUUGUGGAACAGAUGACUCUUCACAACCACUGGGAAAUGAACCAUCAAACCUGAAUGGAGUUGUAUGUUUCAUAACAGCUUUUCUUAGAAUUGAUGCUGCCAUCAGUAAUGUAUGUGCUUCCUCAUCUGGUGUUUGAGUUGCAUCCGAUAUAAUUUUUCUAGCCUCUUUUGAACAAAUAAUAAAAACUUGGUCACGGGAACCUUUUUCCUCUGUCAUAUCCGGGAAGUGUUUGAGAACUUUUUCCUUUAGCCUUGUCCGGUUCACAGUCUUCUGAAUUCUGUGUUGUUCCAAUCUCUCUGUCAUCAUUUCUGUCAGAUCUUGCAAUGAAAAAACCUUACGACCUCCAGUGACUUCUUCCUUCAUGAAUUGGAACAACUCAUUUUCUGCUGUGACCUCAAAGUUCUCACCUGCUGUGUCUUUAUUAACAAUCACAUCAUAACGUCGGAUGAACUUUCUGUAGCAAUUCCGAUGAUACUUGGCUUCAAUAGCGACUAGAUCUCCUUCUGCAAGGAGUGCCACGAUACGAUCUCCCAGUGCAACUGCCUUGUCGUGUAUCUCUUUGGUGAGUUGUACCUUCUGGAACGAAUGGUCUGCUGUAUUUGUUUCGUCACCACAAAAGAGACACUUAUUACGAUUAACAGGUGCACCAGUCUGGCAGGAUCUUCUUGUUGCAGGAAAGGAACCUUCAGAAUGUCUUUUCUUUGCAUUGUCAAGUGCUGAUGCCCUGUAAAGCUGACGGCAAGUUUUAUGCCAGGAUGCACGAUUUUGCUGCAUCGAUUCUGCAUCUGGAAGUUCUAUAUCUGGGUAAGGAGCAGCGCCAAUUGAUCUGAACUGACUUAGAAGGCUAAUAAUUUCUGUGUAGGCUCCAUCUCUAUGACUGGCAACUGGAUUUGCAAGAGGGCAAACAAGAUUCUCCUCUGUUUGCUUUUGCACAGUAUGCAUAACUGCCAAUUUGUUGUCAUAGCCAUCUCAUAAAAAUAACUAAUUUAGACAAACCAUCCAAAGCUUCUUGAACCUCUUCCAGGUGUUGUUUUCUGUUAGCAUCAUAUAAUGAAGAAAGCAUAAAACAUAUGGAUGAAUACUUUUCUAUUUGUUGUACUUUCACAGUUUGCCUCAACAUACAAGAAAGCUGUCAGCAGUUCAUGUACAUUUGCCCAUAACAGUAAAGCAUAUUAUACUAGAAUAAGUGAAAUAGAAAUAAUAAUUAAACACAUACUCACACUACUGCAUGGCAUUUAGAAGGUAGGGAAUUAUAAUGAAAACAUAAUUUCUUCCUCAGCAUAAUUGCUAUUCUAAAGGCUUUGCCAGUGCUAGCAUACUGUAGCCUUUGGUUACUACUAGUUCAUAAUAUUUUGGGAUGCAUUACUUCGGCCACUUAUCCCACAUGACUGUCCAUAUUCAUAAAACACUUUAGGAUACUUCUUGAUGUUUAACUUUGUUUGCUUACCUUCAACAUAUCAAUAUCACAAGAGAAGAACCAAUACAGCUCAUGCACAUGGCAACUGUCUGAUAACUAACUAACCAGCUAGCAAGUCUGAUUAAUUAAGAUACACCUGCAAGCCUUCUCUCUAGUGGCAGUAGAUAGCACAACUAAUAGUAGCCUACGUUAUACAACUAUUUACAAAAUAAAAUAUAGGAGUGGUACACAGUAAUUAAAAAUAUAUAUUACACAGCAAUUGUGGGGAAAAUAAGACAUUGUUAAGAAAAUUAUUAUUCCGAUUUUGGUCAUUUUUGAAAUUGGGCAAAAUAAAUAUUUUUCUUCAAUCUGCUUUCUUGACACUCGAACCAGAAUUGUUCUAUGGACCAUAAUCUACAAAUUGGAAGUGACCAAGAGGACAGCCAAAAGAUUUCUCCUUCUGACAGCUUGUCUUCUCCUCCUUCUUGCAGCAUUAUUACUACAAACAACUGACAAGAAUGACAUGUUUUGUUUUCAUGCAAUUAAUUUUUUAUCCUGUAUUUUUUCACCACCUCAAUUUUUUCUAUUCCUAAUCCUUUAUAUACUUUACUGUGCAUGGGAUGUUGGCCACACAGCGUGUGCCUUCAGCGCUGCACAAACUAGCAGUGCUGUUUACAUCACACAACUGGACAGGCAGCUGGCAUUAGAGGGGGUCUAAAGCUUUAAUACAGAAAGCUGAGUAAAUGUUAAAGCAGUCUAACCCAAUCAGCAGCCAGGACGGUAUUAUAAAUAAAUUUACAAGAGACGGGAGAUUGCAUAAGACCGCACCACACAGACAACAUCAGUUAACAAGUUUUAUCAAGAUGCAACCACUUUUAUUUAUAGCAGGAUAAUGAGGACAACGUAACAUGACCCAAAGCCAAUCUUCUGUCUGAUGAGCAGGACUCUGCUAUAUUUACAGUUCCAGGAUGACAGCCGAAUGCUGUCAGAUAUAUGAGUCGUUGUAUAGGUGGAACACCUUUUCAUUGUAGGUUUUGGGCAAUAGAAAUCACAUAUUAGAUUUUUUUCAGUGCAUUACUGGAUAUGCAGCGUUGUUUUCAGUUUUCCUGGGAAUGAUGUAUGUCUGUAUACCGGAAACAAGCUAGACGGGGCUAAGCAUAUGACACAAUAACGGCCGGCUUGCAGUCAUACUUUUUCUACUGUCCAACACGGUAUGCAGUACGCUCUGCAGACAAUGACAAACCACAUUCUGCAGGGAUUAAAAUAGCACGGCUCUGCAGUAGAAGAGUCUUGCUAACAAACUGGCCUGCCUGCAGUCCUGACUUGUCUCCCAUUGAAAACAUUUGGAGCAUCAUUACACUAAAACCAGGACAAAGGGGACCUUGAACUGUUGAGCACCCUAAAUCCUCUAUCAGGCAAGAAUGGGACAUUUCAAUGGGACAGCAGAUAAAAUGAAGUGUUUCAGGCGGUGGCUGAAAAAAAGUUUUUUGGUCCGAACAUUAUGUUGAGCUAUCAAAGAGGAAUCAAGAAGAAAAUUUGAAAAAUGCAUAAUACCCUUCUUUAACAAUUUAGACUGACUGAUGAACUAAUACUGACAACUGCAGUUGUAAAACUAGCUGUAAAACUGUCUAUCUGUCUGACUGUCUGUCUGUAGGUGAAGUUGAGGCUGAUAUUACAGACUCUUCAACCACGCAGAGAGCAGGUAACACAAGCAACGCACCUGUAGUAUAACACUUGCCAUUGAUGUUGUGUGUGGGUGUGUGUUUGGUGUGCAUGCGCACAGGUGUAUGUGUAUGUCAGUAACAUGUUCCUCUUGUCUGCAGGAUCACUAGGUAAGCUUUAUGCAGGUAUACAGUUAUGUUCAUGAUAAUAGCAGUGUGUUUAAAAGGGUGAGUAAACCUCAAAAUUCUUCAAAUAACAUGUAUUUUAAUGAACACAAAUGCAUUGGCGACACUGCACAUUCUAUUUCAAAGCAAGAAAAUUGGAAAAAGUAAUUGAUUUGAUAAUAUUUUACAGAAAGUCAAGAAAUGUAAUGUUCAAAAAAGUAGCAGUGUUGACAUCUUUCUUUACAAACUCAAAAAUGUACACUAUAAUCUAAGAAAUGCUUUAAGAUUCAACUUCCCGAGAAUAAUAAACUAAUACUUAGUUGCAUAAUCACGGUUUCUGAUAACUGCUUCACAUUUGUGGUACAUGAAGUCGACCAACUUCUGGCACCAGUCAACAGGUAUUGCAGCCCAGGACGAUUGUACUGCAUUCCACAAUUCCUCUGCAUUUCUUGGUUUUGCCUCAUGAACAGUAUUUUUUAUAUAAGCCCACAAGCUUUCUGUGGGAUUAAGGUCCGGGAUUGUGUUGGCCAGUCCAUUACUUGAAUUCUAUUUGUCUGGAACCAUGAUUUUACUCGCUUGCUGGUGUGUUUGGGGUCAUUGUCUUGUUGAAACAACCAUUUCAGGGGCAUUUCCUCUUCAACAUACGGCAACGUGACUCCUUCCAGUAUUCUGAUGUACUCAAACUGAUCCAUGAUCCCUGGUAUGCGAUAAAUAGGACCAAUACCAUAGUACAAGUAACAUCCCCAUAUGAUCAUGAUGCUUGCACCACCAUGCUUCACCAUCUUCACUGUAUACUGUGGCUUGAAUUCAUUGUUUGCAGGACGUCUGACAAACUGUCUGUGGCCCUUAGACCCAAAAAGAAUGAUCUUACUCUCAUCAGUUCACAAAAUAUUACGCCUUUUCUUUUUAGGCCAGUCAAUGUGUUCUUUGGCAAAUUGUAACCGCUUUGGCACAUGUAUUUUUUUUAACAAUGGGACUUUGCAGGGGCCUCUUGCUAGUGGCUUGGCUUCACAUAGAUGUCAUCUGAUUGUUACAGUACUCACAGGCACUCCUAGAUCUUCUUUGAUCCUCCUGGAGCUCAUCAUUGGCUGAGCCUUUGCCAUUUUGGUUAUUCUCUGAUCCAUUCGAAUAGUCGUUUUUCUUUUUCUUCCGUGCCUGUCGGGUUUUGGCUGCCAUUUUAAAGCAUUUGAUAUCAUUUUAGCUGAACAGCCUACCAUUUUCUGCACUUCUUUAUAGGUUUUCCCCUCUUUUAUUAAUUUCUUAAUCAAAGGACGCUCUUCUUCUGGAUAGUGUCUUGAACAACGCAUUUUACUCUGAUUUUCAAGGACAAAUGCACACCCAGCAUAUGCAGCAUUAGUUGCCUUGAUCCUUAACUAAGGGCCACCUGUUUAACACCCAUUUUUUUCACAUAAUCAAUGACCUUACUAAUUGAACUCGGCACUGCUAUUUUUUGAACAUGCCCCUUUCAGUAAAUGAUUCGGUUUCUCAUAAUCAGCAGCAUGCAUGUCAUGCCUGUUGGGUCUGUUGGUUUUCUAUACUUUUACUAAACCUUCUAGAAACUUACUUGCAGUGUAGAAGUUGAAAUUCUAACAAAAAUGGUGAUGUAUCUUGCUAGUGAUGUGGGACUGCUAUUAUUCUGAACUUAACUGUAUUUGUCAGUCUGAAGCUAUAGUCCGGUGUCCGAGCUCUCAGAAGAAAGUUCUCUGUAUCCUCUCUGUCAAUAUCACACAUACUGAUCAUGUGUUAUUUACCUGACCAAUCAGAGCGUUGUGGGGCGGAGCCUCAGGUGGGUCACUGCAGAGCAGCAUUUCGACGUUGGUACUACAACAGACAGACAGGUAGCUGUCAAUCAUUCAUCUAUGGAGGCUGUGGAGGGAACAAGAAUAACCACCUGAGCAUGGAAAGCUGCAUAGCUGCAUGUACAGGUGAGAUACACAACUGUACAGGUGAGACAAACACAGCUGUACAGGUUAGACACACAGCUGUUCAAGUGAGACACAUACUGCCGUUCAGGUAAACCCACCUGUGCGAGGGAUGUAUUUAGUCCAGGUGUGCUCUGUUUCUACAGUGUCGGUGCAGCCAUCCUCUCAGAAAGCUGCCGCUGCUGAUGUCUCUGUAAAAUACACAGGUAAUAAACCCUGAUGAAGAUGAUGACAGGUGUGAUGCAAGCACCUGAGUAGUCAACUGUUAGUCAACACAGGACUUAAACCACCUUCCCUCCUCUGUCAUUGCGCAGACAGAUGCACAGUGACCCCUGAUCCUGGUCCCUGCCGCGCCGCCUUUCCCGCAUUCUACUACGACCCUGAAAGCUCCACCUGUUACCCCUUCCUCUAUGGUGGUUGUUUUGGUAAUCAAAAUCGCUAUGGCAGCCACGAGGACUGUAUGAACCACUGCAGCAGAAACAGUAAACAACCUCAACUUAUCAUGUUUACAGAGAAAUAUAAAAACAAUGUACAGAUACACAGUAGUGAAUGUGUGUGCACACGUGUGUGUGUGUGUGUGUGUGUGUGUGCGUGUGUGCGUGUGUGUGUGUGCACAUGUAAAAUGUGUGUAAACUGUGUGUUUAUGUCUCCUCAGGUCAGUUUGAAGGGCAGGGGAAUCCUCGUAAUCACUGGACUGCAGGUUAGUAUUAUUUUAUGGUUUAUCAUUACUGGCUAAUAGAAAACUGCAUUCUGAUUGGUUAAAACCCCAUCCAAUGAAGUCCAUUCUGACCCAGUUGUCUUUGGAUAUGGUCUUAUGGUCUUCGUACAUGUGAGCAGCCACAGUGGGCAAUCGCAGGUUCUCAGUGAGCUCCUUUGUUGAACUCAUGACUGUCCUUAAACCAACAUCAAAAUUUGCCAGGGGUAUGAAUAAUUUUGGGCUUGAUUAUGCAUGUACAGUAUGUAUAUAGUGUAUAUGUAUAUAUGUAUAUAUUUAUUUUUGCUUUUUGUCACACAUGUGAUCAUAAAACUAAUGUGAAUAUCAAUUAUCAAUCAAUGACUUUAUUUAUAAGGGAAAAAGCAAUCAAAACCAGCCUGGUUCUAAGUGAAAAAGUAAUCGCCCCGUCUUCUUAAAGACCCACUCCGUUGAAUAUCAUUUUUUUCUUGUUGUCUACAUGUCCAUAUGGCAUUUUUCAUAUGGCAACUUCAGUAAGUUUGAAGUUGCAUUUCUGAGUAUUUCUGCAAUCAAAUCGCUGUGAACUUCUCACAGACCCAAACGGCAGGUUCAGACACACUGAGAUUUCCUGCACUACAACUGCAAGCUCUGCCCCCAUAGCCCCGGCACGCAGGCCAGACUCUGAAAAGCAGAGAGGACAAUCGCGGAACAAGCAUGUGCAUUAGUGCAUUGCAAUGCGAGUAAGAAAGCUAAUAUGAUAUUAACUUUCAUCAAGUCACAAAGACAUUAGUGUCCGAGAGCUGAAUAGCUCCUAUGUUACCUGCUACUUCUUUUUUUUCUUUUUUUUUGUAAUUCACUUUUUAUUAGUUUUCAACAGGAAAAAAUAAUACAUAUAUACAAUAACCCAAGUCAAACAAAAGCCAAACAGAGCCUCGACAAAAAACAAAGACAAAAAAAAAAAAACCACAGAGGCAGUAUUACUACGCUAAUAUUAACAUGUGCAUACAAAUGCAGACUGGUGACAAAAGUUAGCUUGAGGGCGCAACCCUCCAAUUUAUCAAGAUCCUGCAGUAUACAAACCCCAUAUUUUCAUGUAUAAGUCUUCCUUAUCUAGCAAUCUAUAACUAAGCCGUUCGUAGGAAGCAAUCUUGGCCAUCUCAUCAAACCAUUCUUUCGUUUUCCGAAGUUGCAGCACUGUCCUGCAUCCAGUUAUAAGUGCAGCAUACACCAUACCAUCUGGUGUACAGUUAGGCCACUUCCGCAACACACUUAAUAGACAAAGCAGUGGUUGUUGUACCAGAGUACAGGACAUUACAGUGUUAAUAAAAGAGAUAAUCUUAGACCGUAGUAAGUCUACCAUGCGGCAUGAAUACAACAUAUGAACAAAAGUACCACGAAAAGCGUCACAUCUCCAACAUAAGUCAGAAUUUGUAAUUCCUAACUGUGCCAUUUUACAUGGGGUCCAGUAAGUUCUAUUAAUAAUAUAACUAAUCAAACAGGUCUGCAUUUCCCUCAAUACUUUCAACCAUGUUUUAAUAAUUUGCGCCCAUGUUUCACUAGAUAUCACUUCCUCUAAAUCCCUCUCCCAAACUGAGGUAGUAAAGCAAGACCAGAAACACAGGGAAUAAACUACUACAAAGUAAAACAGGAAACACUGAUAAAAGAGAAUAAAACACUGAGAACAUGAGGGAAACGGGGUCAGACACAAAAUCAAAACUCACUGGACAAGACAAGACUAGAGGGGAACAGGAACAAUAGGGCAUAGAAACACAAGGGAAAAUACACUCAAAUCACAGGGAAAAACUCUAUAUACAGAACAUAUAGUGACAAUUUUCUCCUCUAUAGACACCCAUACAGGGGCUUGGUCAGCUGACAUGUAUAAUUUUGACAGUUGUUUGAAACAGAAAGUAUAAUGAUUCCAGGCUAUGUGAAGGAGGCCCAGUCCUCCAUCCUCCAUAGCAGCAUACAGUUUUGUCUGAUUUAUGUAAGGUUUUUCACCCACCCAUAAAAAGCUGUACACAGCUUUAUUAUAUUUGAGUAAUGCAUUUUGUGGGAAACUUAAUGGUAGCAUAUAACUUAGGUAAUUAAUUUUGGGAACAAUUACCAUCUUAAAAUAUUAAUUUUACCUAUAAGUGACAGUCUGAAUUUUGUUCAAUUUUGCAAUAUAAGCUCAACUGUGUGAGUUAGAGGGAGAAGGUUGAUGUCAUAAUACUGUCCAGCCGAGGAGUGAUCUUUAUACCCAAAUAUGUCAGGCCAGAUGGCCGCCUGCACAGUAAUAAAAUAUCGUCCAUGUACAGAUGCAAUUUGUGCUCCUUGCCACCAGCCUUAAUGCCAAUCAUAUUAUUAUUUUGCCUGAUAGAAAUUGCUAAUCGUUCAAGGACCAGAGCAAAUAAUAAGGGGGACAGAGGGCAGCCCUGCCUUGUCCCUCUGCGAAGCUAAAAAGGAGGAGAUUGCCUGCCAUACUACAGAUUCCUUGGAGUUGCAAUAUAAUAUAAUAAUCUAACCCAGUUUAAGGGAUAUUCUGGCAUCACUGUGUGUGUGUGUGUGUGUGUGUGUGUGUGUGUGUGUGUGUGUGUGUGUGUGUGUUGUUUGAGUAUUUUGAUAUUAAAAAUUUACAAAUUAAAUUGUCAACUCCCCUCUGACUAGAGCACCUGGCACUAUAAAGAACUUUCCCUACCCAAUCUCUUUGCAAUAAUAACAAACCAUUCUUUUCCAACUCAGUCUCCUGUAGAAAGACCAGAUCUGGGUUUUCCUGUUUAAAGGCAUGGUUGACGAUUGGAGAGAUUGGUAAUUAUUAUGAUCCUGGUUUAUAUGGCGAUCAUGGUCCUAUAGUGCGAUCUCCACAAAGUGAAGAGAAAAAAGAAUGGGAAAAAAUUGGUUCAUCUGGCUCAUCCCCUCCUACUCUCCCGGCCCUCCUCGUAGCUCUGAGCAGCUAAAAGUAGUGUAGCAGCUCAGCUACAGGAGCUGUGAUGGAGAAGGACGGGGGAAAAAAUAAACACUUCUGCUUGCUCCACCGCAAAAAGUUAAGAAAACACAAGCUGACAGAAGAAAGGGCAGAGUCGAAGGGGAAUUGUGACCAAGCGAGGAAUCUAACUCGAAUAAACAUCUGUAGAGCAGUGGAGAAAGCUCUGCCAGGAUUUGGGCCUAAAAACAGACUGCGAGACAGCAGAGUUUUUGUUGAACAGGUAAUUUUUGCCUUUUAUCGUGGCAUAUGUUACAUGUUACUGUCCUGUUAGAUCUCUCCCUUGUGAAACAACUGAACUUGCAUAAAGCUCCAUACUGACUAACAGAGCCCUAACACAACAAAACAACAACUAUGAGCCAAGACAGCACUUGAGGCCCCCCUACUCUAACUAAACUGCGAUAGUGAAGCUGCAUAAAAGGGGAACCUGACCUGCUCCGGCUCCCCUCCGCCCCACUACCCCAUCUUUUCUUUUUCCCUUUAUCAUAUAGAUAUGAUUUUCAUAUGUAUGACCCAUAAUAACUAGUUAGCCACUGCUGAAUAUUAUUAUGUCUUCCAGGAGGAACUUUAAAUAAAAACCAUAAUAGUGGAGCAGAUUAGUGAAACGAUCGUUCGCUUCAUGAGACAAGCGCCAGAUUUGGCACAAAUGAUGUCUAGGAUGUACUUUCUGAGAAAAGAACACUAUCCUGCUAAAAAUCCAAGAUGGCCGCCUCAAAAUCCAAGAUGUCUGCCCAAAAAUUUGGUUUUUCCCUACUUGUAGGGAAGGUCACGUAGAGACUGUCUUUGUCUCCCCCAUUUUUUUAUUUUUUUUUUUAAAUUUUUUGUUUUGUUUUUGUUUUUGUUUUGUUAUUUUCAUUUUAGGUAGGUAUAAAAACAGAAAUACAAAGGCUGCAUGUUUUAUGGUUCUCAACAACUCAAACAUUUCUGGUCGUCAGCUGAUUGAUUCCGUUAGUCCUUCUCACAUUCACAAGCACAGAACUGGGUGCACUUUAGACCGAAGUGAUAGCAUUUACAGCGUCCUCUGCAUUCAGUCUUGCAGCCACAUUUUGUUAAUUGCUCACUCGUUUGAACAAUUGGUGGAGUUGACCAAAUAACUUGCCAGACCUCACCAUCUUUUUGCCAGCCCCAGUUGGCAGGGCUUUCAGUUUCAAUUUGGCAGACUGUUGCUUGGCCCCAUAUGCAGGCAGCUUGGAAGGCAGACCGUUUGACAUGCUGAACAAGCGAUGCACUUGUGGUAUGGCAUCAUAAGACCUUUGCUUCCGAGCAAACAAGUCCAGUAUUGUCUCAUCAACCUUGGCUGUUGUGCUAUGCUUGUCAUACAUAGUGAUGACAAACUUCUCAAGGAUGUUGAGGUCUGCAUCUUCUAUGAUAGGUGGGUAUUGGCUGAGCUUCCCGAAGACAGGGCCCACUUCAGGACAAACCUCCCAUGCAUGCCAUGCCGUUUUCUUUCCUUUGCCACGAAAAGCUGACACAACAUCACAUCCAGUGAAGGCACGAAAGAACAGCAUGCCACUGCAUUUUUCUGGGCUAAGAUUCACCACCAUGUCAUGUAUUGGUAACCACCGAAUGGACUGACCCUGCCCAAAUUCCAGCCAAAGCAUUUCUAUGCCUGCAUCCUGAAGAGUCGAAAAAACAUUGACUGCAACAACAAGAAUAUCUGUGUCACAUGCCUUAAUCAACAAACACUUCAUCUGAUGCUUGGCUGCAUGAAGAGCAUGAGUGAAAAUUCUGGAGUCAGCUUCUUCAUGGUUACAAGGACUCAAGUUUUCAAGGCUGAUGGCUUUGUUUGCAAGAGCCUGCUCCCCUUUGGUCACAACCACAACAUCGUCAGGACACAGGGUCACUAUCUUUUUUUUUUUUUUUGAAAUUCUCUUUUUAUUGAGAAAGGCAGACCUCCAUCACAUACAUCACUUCACACAUACAGUAAUUCAGUUUGUCAAGGAUACAAUGAUGUUGUACAAACUGCCCUUCUGGAGCUUUCUCCCACGGACCCAAACCGUUCCAGGUGGAAGCAAUAACCCAAAAACAACAAAACCGGGGAGCGCACCCCUACAUGUAAUCAAUACACCAUAUACAAAAAAUAUAAAAUAAAAGAGGGUAGGUUCACACAAAGCACAAGUAUGGUCAAAUAAAAUCAGAUCUGAUUGGUUUUACAUACUCAGUCCAUUUGGACCAGAUCCUGUGGAGAUCUUCUCCAUAACAUAAAUUUCAUAAAUAAUUUCAAUCUAUUCGUCGAUGGUGGGAGGUUUCACUUUUAACCAUUUCCUAGUGACACAUUUCUUACUAGCUGUCUUUUAUGUUCCAUGUUUCAAACAUUAUGUUGUCGAAGAACAUAGUCUUACAUUUUAAUGGAAUGUUCACAUUAAAUGUAUUUUUAAUAUGUUUGUGGAUCUCUUCCCAGUAAGAUUUUAUUACUUGGCAGUCCCAAAUAGAAUAGAAUAGAAUAUUCCUUUAUUGAUCCCCCAUGGGGGAAAUUAUUUUGUCACAGCAGCAUCACAGACAAAGAGUGCAAAAAUGCAGUUAUAAAAAUAAAAAUCCUAAUAUUAAGAACUUAAAUAAAUGUAAUAAUUAAGAAAAAAUUUAGAAAAAGGGAGAAGAAAAAUAAAACUAUCUACAAUAUACACAAUUUAAAUGCCAGUAAAAAGUGGUGGUGUGAGUCCAGUUUUAUUACAGUUCGUUGUAAAGUCUUAUUGCAGAGGGGAGGAAUGACCUGCGGUAGCGCUCUGUCCUGCAAGGUGGAAGUCCAAGUCUGCUGCUGAAGGAGCUGCUUAAAGCCCCCACAGUCUGAUGCAGUGGGUGAGAGGGAUUGUCCAUGAUGGAUACAAGCUUUGUUAACAUCCUCCUCUCACCCACCUCCUCCAGGGAGUCCAAAGAACAGUCCAGAACUGAACUGGCCCUCCUGACCAGUCUAUUCAGUCUCUUCCUGUCCCUCUCGGUGCUCCCUGCCCCCCAGCAGACUACCGCAUAGCAGACUACCGCAUAAAAAAACAUAGAAGUGGCUCAAAUAGAUCCACAGAGUCUCCAACAAGCAUCCCCGUUACACUGAUGACGCUUCUGAGUGGGUGUGAUAAAAAAAUCUUGUUAUAUUUUUCCAGCAGAACUCUCGCCAGGUGUUUGACCCAGUUGAGAUCCAUUGUAAUUGACAUAUUGUCUCCCAACUCUCCUGUGUAAUAAUUGUCCAUAUUGCCGUUUCCCAUUUCCUCCUUAUGUGUUCUGUAUUCUCUUGUUUGGCUAAUUGUAUGGUAUUAUAUAAUUUGGAGAUAAUUUUGUUACAAGAUCUGGACUUCGUUAAUGAUAAAAAUACCUCCGUGAACACUGACUCGUCUUUUCUUAACGCUUCUUUAAUAUUUUUGUUAUAAUAAUCUCUCACUUGGAAGUACCUUAAAGAAAUCGUCUCUCCCUAGACCAUGAUCCUUCUGUAGGGCCUCAAAACUCUGAAAUGCCCCCUUGUGGACAAAUGAAUAAUAGGUAGUUAGACCUUUUGUGAUCCAUGGCUUAAAUCUGCCGUCGGUUUUAUUUGGUGUAAAGUCUGAAUCAUAGGCACACCACCUCACAAUCUUAGAUGCAUCUUUUAAUCUGCAAAUUUUGACUAUUUCCUGCCAGGAUUUCAGGAAGCUGCCUGUAAUAGAGUCCUCCGGGAUCUCACGUUCUUUUUGUAAUUUAUUAUCACUUAAUAAAGCUGUUAUUGGAACUCCCUUUAUCAUCGUUCCUUCAAUUUCCUUCCAUGCUGCAGUGUAUGUAGGCAAGCACAGGCAGACUAAAGGCCUCAGCUGAGCUGCAUAGUAGUAGUCCUGUAAGCAGCGAAGGCCCAUUCCCCCUUUUUCUUUUCUUAAUUGCAAUGUUUUAAAUUUGAUUCUGGCCCUUUUCCCUUGCCACAGAUACUUCGCUAUUACUCUGUCCCACUCUAAGAACUGUUUAGAUAGUGUUUCAAUUGGUAAACAUUGAAAAAAGUACAACAUCCGUGCAAGAAUAUUCAUCUUGAUUGACUCUCUCCGGGAGCUUAAAAAGGGAAUAACGUUCCAUCUUUGUAUAUCAGUUUUUAUCUUUGAAUUUAGCGGGCCAUAAUUUAUGUUAUACAGUCUCGUGAGGUCCCUAGGUAAUGAGACACCCAAAUAUUUAAUGGACUCAGCAUCCUAUAUACAAUUGUACAUGGUCCUAAUUGAAGGUGGAGGUUAGGGUCACUAUCUUGUCUGCAAGGAACAUAAAGAGCUCAGUCUUAUUGUCACUGUCACGCAAAAAGCUUUUCCAGUUGGGUGGUAGUUUGGUUUGGUCAGUCACUCUACGUCAACCUCCCUUACCUCUGUUUGCCCUAGUUUCAGCCUUGAGGCUUGAAGUCCAGUAAACAUCAAAAAUGCUAUCUGUUCGUGCAUACAGAACUCAAGCAUGUCACACUCUCAUGACUGGCAUACGUACUUAUUCUUGUCAUUGGAAACUGCAGCUGCCUCUUGGCGAAAGAAGUCAGUUUUGUUCUUUUUAAUGGGCCUAUAGAAGGAACCCUCAUCCCCCAGACCAUUGAAAAAGUCUUUGAAGGCAACUUGACCUUUCUCAAGGUGAAUUCUUACAAGCUCAGCAGCACUGGGAUGUGCAAUGUUUUUUGUGUCCAAUGUGAGUAGAUCUUUGGACUCCUCCUGGAAAGGAUUUCCCAGAUCCUUCAUCACAUUAAACAACUUGUGUACCUUAUCAAUAAAGGACUUCUGAGACUGACUUGUCUGCUCAUGAUGCCUGAUAUCUUCAUUGGCGUCGUUGACCUGAGAUGCCAGCUCAUACUGGCUGACUAACUGGCUAACUUCUGGUCCAGACACCAUCCACCGCCUCAGUGCAGAUGGAUCCUCUGUAACUCCAAUGGCACCAUCAUCACCUUUAAUAACUGCAUUGGCCUGCUUAUGAGCUUGGUCAAUGGAUAGGCCUGAGAAAUCCCUAGGAGUCUUGUGGACCACAAACUUUCCCUGCUGAAAUUCAUGGAACACCUGAGGAUGAGUUUGCUCCAAAGAAACCAUGUCUCUGAGGUGGAUGGGGAGCCGGCGAGCAUAGUUUACAUUGUUGUUUGCAAAGAGGAAGGGGAUUAGAGCAAACAGUGCUUCACAAUACAACUUAAAGUUAGCUUCUCUGAGAGAUCUGACCAAUGAGAAGACCACCUCAUUUCCACUGACAACACAAGCUCCCAGAAUUUAAACUGGGGACUCUCCUCCCUGCGUGUCUCACACCAGUCAUCGAAAUUCAUCGAAACUCCUUCUUUCUCUUCUGCACAAUGGUACUCAUAUGCUUCCUUUCUGAGCCUGUAGAGACAGCAUGCUGUAACUUGGUGCAUGUGACGUGUUCUUGUGACAUUGGAGGCAGAAAGAAAGAGUCGGCUUUUCCAGGAGAAGCUACCCCUGCCUCCACCUGUCCACCCACUACUAUCAAGUAGGGUCCUCAGUGAUCUGAAGGCAGCUCACUAUGUGGAGCCCACAUAGAGAGCUGAGGUAAUACUCACUUCAAAUUCAAAGCCUCGCUUCUUCUCUGCAUGGUGGGCGGACCAAGUGAUGUUAACCUCACCAUCUACGUUCUUUGUGAGGCUAACCUUCUGCAACCAUUCAUAUUCCUUUGUCAGGGAGAGACUUGGUAAAGAUGUACACUCACCGGCCACUUUAUUAGGUACACCAUGCUAGUAACGGGUUGGACCCCCUUUUGCCUUCAGAACUGCCUCAAUUCUUCGUGGCAUAGAUUCAACAAGGUGCUGGAAGCAUUCCUCAGAGAGCUUGGUCCAUAUUGACAUGAUGGCAUCACACAGUUGCCGCAGAUUUGUCGGCUGCACAUCCAUGAUGCGAAUCUCCCGUUCCACCACAUCCCAAAGAUGCUCUAUUGGAUUGAGAUCUGGUGACUGUGGAGGCCAUUUGAGUACAGUGAACUCAUUGUCAUGUUCAAGAAACCAGUCUGAGAUGAUUCCAGCUUUAUGACAUGGCGCAUUAUCCUGCUGAAAGUAGCCAUCAGAAGUUGGGUACAUUGUGGUCAUAAAGGGAUGGACAUGGUCAGCAACAAUACUCAGGUAGGCUGUGGCGUUGCAACAAUGCUCAAUUGGUACCAAGGGGCCCAAAGAGUGCCAAGAAAAUAUUCCCCACACCAUGACACCACCACCACCAGCCUGAACCGUUGAUACAAGGCAGGAUGGAUCCAUGCUUUCAUGUUGUUGACGCCAAAUUCUGACCCUACCAUCCGAAUGUCGCAGCAGAAAUCGAGACUCAUCAGACCAGGCAACGUUUUUCCAAUCUUCUAUUGUCCAAUUUCGAUGAGCUUGUGCAAAUUGUAGCCUCAGUUUCCUGUUCUUAGCUGAAAGGAGUGGCACCCGGCGUGGUCUUCUGCUGCUGUAGCCCAUCUGCCUCAAAGUUCGACGUACUGUGCGUUCAGAGAUGCUCUUCUGCCUACCUUGGUUGUAACGGGUGGUUAUUUGAGUCACUGUUGCCUUUCUAUCAGCUCGAACCAGUCUGGCCAUUCUCCUCUGACCUCUGGCAUCAACAAGGCAUUUCCGCCCACAGAACUGCCGCUCACUGGAUAUUUUUUCUUUUUCAGACCAUUCUCUGUAAACCCUAGAGAUGGUUGUGCGUGAAAAUCCCAGUAGAUCAGCAGUUUCUGAAAUACUCAGACCAGCCCUUCUGGCACCAACAACCAUGCCACGUUCAAAGUCACUCAAAUCACUUUUCUUCCCCAUACUGAUGCUCGGUUUGAACUGCAGGAGAUUGUCUUGACCAUGUCUACAUGCCUAAAUGCACUAAGUUGCCGCCAUGUGAUUGGCUGAUUAGAAAUUAAGUGUUAACGAGCAGUUGGACAGGUGUACCUAAUAAAGUGGCCGGUGAGUGUAUAUGUGACAUUGCCCUUGGGAGGAGAUGGAUUCUUUUUUGUGAAGAAAGCAGGAUGCACAUUUGUGUAUGAAUCAGGAAGUUCUGGGACUUUCUUGACACUACUGUUCUUAAUUAGAAUUGGCUCUCGAACCUCACCUUGAUUUUCUGAUGUUAAAUGUUAGAAUAUGGAGAUGCUGGUUCCAUGGAAUGAUGACGUCGCAGUUGUAGAUUAAGGAUUAUGAUCGAUGUUAUGCAUUGCACGUGAAGAAGAGCCCUUUCCUCAGUUUGGGAGGACAAACUACACCUUCUUUAAUGUAUCUGUUUACAACUGCAUCUCCCAGCUGAGCUGAUAUAUCAAGUACUCGAUCAUAUGGUAUACUAAGACCAUGGUCAUGAAGUGUUUUCACAAGGUGUCUCUUUCUGGUCUCAGCAUAAACAGACAUCCCUAUGUAGACCGGAAAUGGAGUUUCUCUGUCGCUCGAAUGCGUUUGUGUGGCACCACCUUCUUUGUACUUGGCAAAGCAGUUGUAUUGAAGGAGCUGAGCCAUUGCCAGGUCAGUUGUAGUCACUCCAAAUCUCAGCUGAGAUUGUAUGUCUGCCCCAUGCUCAAUCAUACAGACAAACUGAAGCAAAGCUGGAGGCACAGAAUCAUACACUGAACUCUCAUAGAGAUUGCCCUCAAAUUUAGACUUGUGUUCGACCAUGUGCCUGCGCAAUAUCUUGGCAGCUGUGGAGAGAGUAAUGGCAUCAGCAUAGGAUGAUGCUUCUGACAAGACUGGACGAACAUCUUUUUCAAAUGCCAGAAGUAUAUCUUGUCCUUUCGUGUAGGCUAUCAGUCCAGGAAUCUCCACCAAAAGCCUCUCUUUCAAUCGGGUCGCAUUCUUGUCAGGUAGGUCUGCCCCAAACUGCUCAAGUCUCUUCCUUUAAAGACUAAUCAAUUUAGCAAGUCGGAACACAGCGGCCUCAUCAUUUUUAUCUUUUUUUCCUCAGUGAUGUAUGUCAGAAGUUCAGAGAACACCAAAUGAAAGGCUUCCUUUUCUUGAGACGAAUUUAGAUGUUUCUCUUGUGCUAAAAUGUGUUUCCUCUCUCUGUUAUACAGGUCUCUUAAGCAAGUCCAAUGAUAUUUAAGUUCCAAGGCCUUCACAUCUCCACCACUCAAUAAAGCCAGAAGCUUACAAUCAUUAAGAUUAUGAGCACAUUCAUUGAGCCUCUCAUUUAGCUGCAUGGUCAUCGCUUGUCGCAGCUCUGAUUGUGGUUCCAUUUUUUCACAUAAGAAGCACCGCUGUACUUCAAUGUAAGCCCUUCGAAUCUUUGCACGUCCUUCACCAGGAUCAUUUUAAAUUUGAGCUGCUCUUUUAGUGGCACACUCGAGUUUGCAGUUGCUAAACAUUUGGCAGAAAUUUGGGUGAUACUUUGCACUGUUUCUCCUUAAUGUAUCCUCAAUGCCACCUCCAUCAUCCAAUCUAGAUGGGUCUAACCUGAUGGGCAGCAGGUUGAUUGCCUGAAAUUUUGGUAUGUUUCUGGCUAUCGUAGAAUAGCUGUCAGAACUACACUCAUAACAAGGAGGGGGAGAUGUCAACUCCUCCUUAGUAUCUUCCUGGCAAAGGCAACACUUUCUCCAGUCAGUUUUUGGAGAGCAACUCAGUGGAUUUUUGUCAGACAUCUUAUGUCAUAGGGUUAAGAAGACAACCAAACACUUCCUCCACAUCUCCAAAUUUAAAACACAAAUUUAAACACUGUAGUGUGUACAGUCAGACACAGACAAGUUGAGACGUGUUAACGGACAGACAACCUGUGUGCAAGUGAGACACGUUCAAAUGACCGCCUAGAAACUUUUCUCAAAUGACCACCCCUAAAUGACAACAGAAAAUUCACAUUGAAACCCUAUGUUAUCUUUUUAGUCGUAAUUUUAAGACGACAACUGAACACUUCCUCCACCUCUCCAAAUUUAAAACACACACAUGCACGUACAUGUGCACGCACGCAGGCAGACAAACACAAAGACAGAUGGACAGACCAACAGAUAGACAGACUGACAGGCAGUAAGAUAUAAUAUAGAAGUGAAUAGACAGGAAAGUUGAGGAGUGCUAUUUUAACAAGUGUGAAUGAGUGCUAGUGAAUGCGGAAAUGAACAGAGUCAAACAGACAGGCAAGUUGAGACAGGCACUAUAAAGGAAUAAUAAUGAGUAAAAAAUAAUAAUAUUAAAAUAAAAUAAACUAUGCCCAUUCUUCACACACACACACACACACACACACACACACACACACACACACACACACACACACACACACACACACACACACACACACACACAGGCUACUCAAAAAAAUAACCAAAAGGACUAUAUUCACUGCCUGUAAAUGCACGUCUAUAAAAAAGAAGAAUACACCAAUAGUGUGUGCAUGUCUGUAUAAGAGCGUACCUAUAUUGGCCAACUUAACUUUCAACUCAAAUCUCGGUCCAAUAUUCUGAUGUUCAACUUUGUGUUGCGAGGAGGGCAGCUGCUGUAUCUGGUGAGGUGAAGGGGUGGGACCUGUUGUUUGCAGAGACUUUCAGAGUCACUGGGUACACCAUGGAGUAUGACAUCCCCCGCUCCUGGAGCUGUUUCUUUACCAUGUCAAACUUCUUAAGGUGUUGAAGCACAUCUUGAGAAAGAUCCUGAAAGAAGGAGAUCCUGUUGCCUUGCCUUUCGGCUCGUAGAACUGCUUCUCUCGCGCUUAAUCUCAGAAAGUGAGCCAAGACAUGGCGGCUGCACUCAUCAUCUCACUUCGGGCCAACAUGAUGGGCUCGUUCCAAUUCAAAUCCCACAUCCACUUUUAGGCCCAGUUUUUCAGCCAGAAUAUGAAGUAUGAAACCACUUAGAUCCUGUUGCUCUGUGUUUGCGGGUAUGCUUGCCACAAGCAUAUUUUUUCACCUGCCUGCAUCUUCUAUGUAUGUAAAUUUAUCCUGGAGCUUUUUAAGUUUGAUAGGGCAGAGUCCAAACUAGCCCCUCAGCUAUUGCAAGCGUCCUUGAGGUCAGAAAUCCUGGUUUCAGCCUCCAUCACUUGUGCCCCAAGCUGGUCCACCGUGGUUUGUAGCAUCUCCCCCAAUGAUGUAUGUGCUCCUCCUGCACUAUCUGCUGUUUUUGAGAACUUCGAAACAAUUUCUCUGUCGUCUCUCACUAAGGUGGUUAGUGGCUUAAAACCCACUAACUGUCCCUUAGACAUUAUUCCAGCCAAGUUUCUAAAGGAGGUAUUUAGUUCUGUUGGAUCAAGCUUGCUGUUUUUUAUCAACACCUGUCUUAGCUCAGGGUCUGUCCCAGCUGCUUUCAAACAUGCUGUGGUUAGGCCCCUCCUCAAAAAAACGCAUCUUGACCCCACUGUGCUGUCCAAUUUUAGGCCUGUCUCCCACCUGCCAUUUCUUUCUAAGGUUUUGGAAAAAGUUGUCUCCCUUCAAUUGCAUGCAUUUUUAGAGGUAAAUUCUGUUCUUGAUAAAUUUCAGUCUGGUUUCAGGUCUCGACAUAGCACUGAGUCAGCACUGUUAAAGGUACAUAAUGAUAUUGCCCUGUCCGUGGAUGCUGGAAACCCCGCUGUGCUGGUCCUGCUGGACCUCACAGCGGCUUUUGAUACAGUCGAUCAUGCAAUCCUUGUAUCUCGCCUUGAGCAGUAUGUAGGCAUCCGUGGCACCGCUCUCAAAUGGUUUAAGUCGUACCUGGCAGAUAGGAGUUUUUCCGUGAUGAUUGGUGACCUCUGCUCCUCACAGGCGCCUCUCUCUUGUGGGGUGCCACAGGGCUCUAUUCUUGGCCCUAUUCUGUUCUCUUUGUAUUUACUACCCCUGGGAUCAAUUAUAAGAAAAUACAAUCUGUCUUUUCAUUCGUAUGCUGAUGACUUACAGUUAUAUUUGCCCAUGCGACCCAACGAGAACAGUGCACUUUCUCACUUACUGGACUGUAUUACUGAAGUAAAACAGUGGUUGGCUCUGAACUUUUUGCACCUAAAUGACAGCAAAACUGAGUGUAUUUUAUUUGGCACGCCAUCGAUAUCAAACGUUUCGAUUACAGACUCUGGAAAUCUAGCGCCUUUUUUCAAGCCACAUGUAAAGAAUCUUGGGGUAACAUUUGACAGUGGACUUAAGUUCGAUAAACAGAUUAGAUCUGUCGUCAGUACCAGCUUUUUUCAACUGCGUCUCCUGGCCAAAGUGAAGUCCUUUUUAAGUCGGCAGGACCUCGAGAAGGCAAUCCAUGCCUUCAUCAGUUCCAGACUGGACUAUUGUAAUGCCCUUUAUGUUGGCCUCAGCCAGUCUUUAAUCUCCCGUCUCCAGCUUGUACAGAACGCUGCUGCACGAUUUUUAACGGGCACGUCUAGGCGUGAACACAUCACCCCUGUGCUGUCUUCGCUACACUGGCUUCCAGUUUGUUUUAGAAUUGAUUUUAAACUUUUAUUAUUCACUUUUUAUGCCAUAAAUGGCCUGGCCCCCUCCUACCUGUCAGAGAUUUUAACUGUUCGCGAUCAUGGCAGGGCCCUCCGUUCCUCCGGUCAGCGCCUGUUGGAGGUCCCGAGGUCAAAACUCAAACAGUGGGGUGAUCGUUCUUUUGCUGUUGCAGCCCCUAGGCUGUGGAACAGACUGCCGCUAGAUGUACGCACCACCACUGACCUCAGUUUAUUUAAAUCAAAGUUAAAGACGCACCUUUUUAGACUUGCUUUUAACUCUGACUAGGUAGUCCUGUACUUAUAGGUUUUUAGCACUUCUACAUACUAUUUUAUUGUAUUAUUUUAUUUUCAUAUUCAUUUUUAUUAUUGCAUCGUUCUUGUAUUAUUCUAUUCUAUUGUAUUAUUUUAUAAUGGUAUUUUUUCUUGUGUUAUUUUAUUGCUUUUAUGUAAAGCACUUCGGGUACCAUUUGGGAUAUUGUAAAGUGCUAUAUAAAUAAAAUUUGAUUGAUUGAUUGAUUGAUCUCCAGGCUUGUUUUCAUGCUACUCACAUCAGCUGCUAUCCCGUGCAACAGGUUUUUGAUGCUGGCAAGCUCAGACAUCAUGUUGUCGGGUUCGGUGUUUGGUGUCACAGCCAUUACAGAUGGUUUAUGACUGCGCCAUCGUGUUCUCCGUUGGGUGGGUUUGCCUAGGGUCUUGUGACAUUUAUUGCUCACCAAUCUGGCAAGGUUUAGUAGAUAUAAGACGGCUAUAGCAUGGGGGUAGGGAAGCCUAGCAAAGCGGAGCCAAAAGCUAUGCAGCCAUGUUGGUGUGUUGGAAGGCAUUACCUGCCACUUCUACUACACCGGCAAUGAUAGGCUGCAAGCUAUCGUGAAGUGUGCAGAGCAGUGCUGUCUCCACCCAGGACUCAGAGACAAAAUGCUGAUAAGCUACUAGAUUUCUGCAGAAGAAAAGUCCUUGAUAAUGACACAGGUAACAUGAUUUUGGCACAAUGUAAAGACCACUGAUAACAUUAUAAUUAGUAAAAGAAAAAUGAUUGGAGUGGGACUUUAAAUCAGGAAUUAACUGUUAUUAAACACAUUUGGAAAGCUGAGUUCAUUUUCAUCAGCCACAUCCAGACCAGAUUACAACCAGACCUGUAGAGUCAAGAAAUCCCUUAAACAGAAGCUGUCUGACAACACAAGGUCUGCUAAAAGAUCUAAAUAAGCAGCGCAUCAUGUCCAGAUCUACAGAAACUUAAGAACAGAUGAGAAACAAAGUUAUGGACAUUCAUCAGUCUGGAAAGGGUUAUAGAGCCAUUUCUAAGGCUUAGGGACUCCAGAAAACCACAGUGAGAGCCAUGAAUCUCAAAUGGAGAAAACACGGAUCAGUGGAAACCGUCCCAGGAGAUUCCGGCUUACCCAGAUUACUGACAUCCAUGACUUAUGUAGGAGGUACCAAAAGAACCCAGAACAACAUCUAAAACCCUGCAGGCUUCACUUGGCUCAGUUAAGGUCUGAUUUCAUGGUCAAACAAUAAAGCCAAAAACACACAGCAUCUGUUUUGAGAGCAUUACAUCAGCGUUGUGUAUUUGCUCCGUAGAGCAGCCCUGAGUAUGGCAUACAGGAUGCGUAUUUGGAGCGUAGCAGCAGCGUAGUGCAGCCCCGGUCAGCUGUGCUCAGUAUAGAGUACAGAGUGACACAAGAGUGGAUUUUCACUCUUGUCCCAUCCCACUUCCAUAGAAAAAAAUCAUGUCCCUUCCCAAUCCUGGUGAAAUGACUCCCACUACCAUCCUGCUCCCAUUCAGAGUGACUCCCACUCCUGUACCGCUCCCAUUAUUUAUUAGUAUUAUUUUACUUCUUUUAGGAACAGUUAAUAUGUGGUAAUAUUGGGGGGCAAUAAAUGCCUUUAUCCAAACAAAAACCUUCACUAAAGGUCACAAAACAUAAAUAAUACAUGGCCUGUGGUCCCUAUAGUUUUUCUAUGGAUGAGCAGCUGCUUAGUCCCUGUUUCUAGCCCUUUUGGAGCUCAGUUACAGUAACACAAAAAAAAAAAGAACGGAAAACAGUGCAUGUGUCACACCAUGCCUACCUCACUCCUUGCCUCUUUCCCGGGAUUUGCCUUGCAAGCGGGCCUCUUGAGACCACUUGUCCCUGAAUUACUAUUGUAUUUAACAUGACUAAACACACUUUACAAGCAGCAUAAGGUGUUUUAAAGGGAUAUUCUGGCAUAAAAUUAAUUUAGGGUCAAACACACCGUAACACUGACUAAUUGUUGUAUAGUAUGUAAUUAGCAAUACUUAAGUACAGUAGUUGAGUACACUUCUGAAGUAUUUUUACUUGACUGGAGUUUUUUAAGUGCCUGCGACUUUUACUUUUACUUGACUACAUUUCUAAUAGUAUACUUUUAGAUAUACUUUUAUUCCACUACAUUUCACAGAAGCAUCUUCGCCACUCCUAUUUUUACUUUUUUACUAUGACAGGGGGUAGGGGGAAAAAACUAGUUUUCCCUUUUCCACAACGUUGAUUUGCAUUGUGCUUGAUCAUCGUCAAUCAGUCACUCAAGCCCGGGCAUAUUGGCAGCCACUUGUAGGUUGUGCAGUGUGUGCCCCACUCUGUGUGUAUCCAUUUAUUUUUUAAGCUGUUGCUUGCACCACCCUGAAAUGUGUGCUUAUUUGGGCAUAACUGACUUUUGCAAAAAAAUUAAAAAAUACUUAUUUGUACUUUGACUUUGACUUUUUAUUUUUACUUGGAGUAUAUUUACUUGAUAUUUACGUGAUUACUGAAGUCGAAGUCUUAAAGUAUGAGUUCUCAUAGGAGACUUUCACUUUGACUUAGGUCAUUUUCUGGGAAGGUAACUAUACUACAACUCAAGUAUAUUUGUUUAGUACUUCAUACAACAUUGACAUCGAGUUAGACACCCCUGAGAGAUGAAUGUUACCAACUGCUUGCUUCUCUAGUUACACCAACUUUAAUAACAACCGCUCGAUAGCAAUACACAGUGGUCUAUGGCUCCACGCACAAACCUCAAAAGCCACUCUAUAGCCACAAAUAAUGCUCAGAACAGCACCUAACAUCAUCAACAGUACAUAUAGAGUCCCAGCCAUAGCACUAAUUUAAUACUAACAUCUUUUUAGCUUUGCCUGGUUUCUUUAGCAAAGAGACCAAACACAACUCAUCCACUCUCCUCCAGCAGCUGCUUGUUUGUGGGGGGAGCCCUGACAAGGCAAUCACCGAGUGCAGCUGAGUUUAGCAGCUCUGUGCUGGCCAGGAAAAUGAGCGCAGAUGAGCAUUUUUUACUUGAUAUAUUUGCAGGGGAAACUCACGUAAAAAAACAUGAGAUUUUACGUGAAGUAAAAUGCAAUUUUUUAUCUCAUGAAGCCUGAGGAGACUACGCAAGGAUUAGGGCCACAAGAAGAGAAAAAAAAAUUGCAGGAAGGAGAUGUUUUUAAAUUUCCAUUUCGAGAUUAAAGUGGAAAUUUUGAAAUUAAAGUUGAAAUUUAAAAAAGUCAAAAUGAAAUGCUGCAUGUAUAAAAUUUGUCAUAGCCAUCCAUGUGCCAGGCUUUGGUAAUGCCUGCACCUCAACCACCGGGCUCGUCUGUGCCCUACGCCUUCAGGAUCAAUCAACUUGAUCAAUUGUCUUAUUGUAUCUUGCGAUACAACAUAGCCUCACCGUAUAGCAUGCAGGUGUAACCAUCGAUAACCCUGCAUCUGCAUCAUAAUCCUUUGCACAGUUUUCAGAGUCCGAACACUUACGACCACACUGUGUUGUGUGCUAAACACCAUUGUCAUGAUACCCGAUCUAGAUUUUUCUUCAGUAUCGGGAUCGAUUCCGAUAUCAAAUAUUGGAUUGGUGUCUACACACCCCUGUUCAACUGCCAGGUUUUUGUGAUGUUAGAAAAUGACAGCAAGAUAAAUAUUUUCACAACUUUUUCCACCUUUAAUGUGACCUAUAACAUGUACAAUGCAAUUGAAAAACAAACUGAAAUCUGUAAGGGGAAAAAUAAAAAAUAGAAAAGUUAAAAUAACCUGGUUGCAUAAAUAUACACACCCUUAAACUAAUACUUUGAUGAAGCACCUUUGGCUUUUAUUACAGCACUCAGUCUUUUUGGGUAGGAGUCUAUCAGCGUGGCACAUCUUGAUGUGGCAAUAUUUGCCCACUCUUCUUUGCAAAACCGCUCCAAAUCUGACAGACUGCGAGGGCAUCUCCUUUGCACAGCCCUCUUCAGAUCACCCCACAUAUGUUCGAUGGGAUUCAGGUCUGGGCUCUGGCUGGGCCAUUCCAAAGUCUCAAUCUUAUUCCGGUGAAGCCAUUCUUUUGUUGAUUUAGAUGUGUGCUUUAGGUCAUUGUCGUGCUGAAAGAUGACGUUCCUCUUCAUCUUCAGCUUUCUUACAGAAGGCCCAAGGUUUUGUGCCAACACUGACUGGUAAUUGGAACUGUUCAUAAUUCCCUCCACCCUGACUAAGGCACCAGUUCCAGCUGAAGAAAAACAGCCCCAAAGCAUGAUGCUGCCACAACCAUGCUUCACUGUGGGUAUGGUGUUCUUUUGGUGAUGAGCAGGGUUGAUUUUGCGCCAAAUAUACCUUCUGCAAUGAUGCCCAAAAAGUUCAACUUUGGUUUUAUCAGACCAUAACACAUUUUCCCACAUACGUUUGGGAGAUUUCAAAUGUCUUUUUGCAAAAUUAAGCCGGGCUUUGAUGUUUUUCUUUGUAAGAAAAGGCCUCCGUAUUGCUACCCUAUCCCGUAGCCCAGACAUAUGAAGACAGCGGGAGAUUGUUGCCACAUGUACUACACAGCCAGUACUUGCCAGAAAUUCCUGCAGCUCCUUCGGUGUUGCUGUCGGCCUCUUGGUAGCCUCCCUGACCAGUUUUCUUCCUGUCUUAUCAUCAAUUUUGGCCAAUUUAACCUGAGUUUGAAAGUUAUUGGUUAAAUCUGAACACAGCCACAUCCCCAGUUAUUAACGGGUGUGCACACUUAUGCAACCACAUGUUCUCAGUUGUUUAUUUUUACUUAACGUCCCUGAAAGAUUUCUGUUUGUUUUUCAAUUGUGUUGUACAGGUCCCAUUAAAUGUGGAAGAAGCAGUGAAAUUAUUUAUCUUGAUUUAAUUUUUUUUACAUGACAAAAACCUGGCAGUUGAACAGGGGUGUGUAGACUUUUUAUAUCCACUGUAUAUUCAUAUGCAAACUACAGGCCAAAAGUUUGGAAGCAAGGCCAUUACAGGCCGAACAGUUGGGAGUAACUUCAAGUUUUUGUUCACAAUGCUUUUUUUUAAAAUCCAGCAUGAGUUUUAUGUAUUUUGGGAUGUAUUUACUCCAUGAUCAGAUGUUGCUUUCAUGGAAAUGCACCAUUUUACUCCAUUUACCUUUAGAUAUAUAUUGAUGUUAACAGACAAUUGCUAAAUAUAUGUCAGCAAACGAUAAUAAGGGUUUAGUUUUAGGGUUGAAAACAUUUGCAACAGUCACAACUUCAAUGCAAACGCAAAAAAAAAAGAAUCACAGUUGGAUUAUUCACUUCAACUUUUGGCUUUUGAGAGUCUGCAUACAAAAAUCCUAAUAAAUCUCAACUGGUUCAAACUACCCUGAAAAUGACUAGAAAGAAGCAACUGAGUAAAGAAACAAAAGUACUGAUUUGUACAUUGAGGAAAGAAGGAUACACAGAAAGAAAAAUUGCAAAACGCCUAAAGGUGUUUAACAAAGGAGUCCACUACACUCUGAGGAGACUAGAGGAAUCUGGAAGUUAUGAUGAUAGAAAAAGACCUGGACGAAAGAGAGUUACUACUAAAGCAGAGGAUAAACAUAGCAUUGUCACCAGUAAGAGAGAUCGGCGAAAGACAGCACCACAAAUAAGGGAGGAAAUUAGUUCUAAAAUACACUUAUGGUUCAACUAAAGACACAUCAUCAGUGUUGGCACCUGGGUUCACUGGGUGUUUCGGGUCUUGCAACAGACACCCUCGCCCAGGGGACCCAGCCGGGGUGUCUUAAGAGCAUGUGACCACGGAUCACCCCGCUUGAUCCACAGCCAUCUGGACGCCUUCUCUGCUGUGUCGCAGAUGUUCUUGAUGGCUCACCUGUUGUGCAGUCCCCCUACUCCCAGCAUCUUGAGAGCCCUGAUGAGGGACUGGCCAGCGAAUCCUCUGCAUCCGACCUCGAUGGGGUUGCACUGGGUCCUCCAUCCCCUGCUUCAGCAUUCACUUGCCAGCUCCUCAUACUUGGCUUUCUUUCUCUCAAAGGCCUCCUCCAUCCUGUCUUCCCAGGGAACAGUCAACUCCAGCAGGACCACUUGCCUUGUUGUUUCAGACACCAGGACCAUGUCUGGCCUGAGCAUGGUCACUGCGAUGUUCUCCGGGAAUUUGAGCUGUCUCCCUAGGUCGACUUUCAGCUGCCAGUCCCGGGCUGUUGCCAGCAGCCCCCCUGCUUGCCUCCUGAGCUGCUGCGGCUUCUCCCCAGCCUUAACGAAGGCAAUGAUCUGCCUUGAUGGUUGUAUGUGUUUGCUGGUGGAGAUGCCUGUGCUGAUGGCCUCUGCAAUGACCCGUAGCACUUGGUCAUGGCGCCAGCGGUAGCGCCCCUCUCCCAGUGCUCUUGGGCAGCAGCUCAAGAUGUGUUCCAGUGAUCCUGCUCUUUGGCAGAGAGGGCACAGUGGGUUCUCAGCCAAGCCCCAGCGGUGGAGGUUGGAUGGGCUUGGGAGGACGUCGUAGACCGACUGGAUGAGGAACUUGAUCCGGUGAGGCUCAGAUCGCCAUAGCUCUGACCACGAGACGAGAGGAAAUCAACAUGACAAGGUCGAAACCCAUUUCUCUGACAACCAUGAAAUGAAGUUUGAGAAAGGCUGGUCUGAAGGGUUGUGUAUCUGCAAAAAACACUACUUCAUCCACAGAACAAGAAAAAGAGAUAUGAGUGGGCGAAAGCUCACAAAAAUUGGCUUAUGAUGACUAGAAACAAGUUUGCCCUGUUUGGUUCAAAACGCAAAGUCUAUGUCCGCAGACAAACUGGUGAAUGUCUGAAAUCACCAUGUGUUACACCCACAUUCAGCAUAGAGGUGGUAGUUCCAUGGUAUGGGGAUGUUUUGCAGGUGAUAGAGUAGAAAAUUUGUUUGACAUAAAGGGUAUCAUGCAGAAGGAACAGUACCACUCCAUCCUCCAGCACCAUGCUGCUCCAUCUGGACUUCCCACCCCCUUCAAAACUGCAACCAUCAGUCCCACCCUGAAAAAACCUGGUUCAGACCCCAACGACUUCAAUAACCUCCGCCCCAUUUCCCACCUCCCCUUCAUUUCCAAAAUCCUAGAAAAAACUGUUGCCUCCCAACUCCACACCCAUCUCACCCACAACAGUCUCUAUGAACAGUUCCAGUCCGGCUUCCGUCCCCUCCAUAGCACUGAAACAGCCCUCAUCAAAAUCACUAACGACCUCCUCAUGGCAGCUGAUUCCGGUUUAAUCUCCAUCCUCAUUCUCCUCGAUCUGAGUGCGGCCUUCGACACCAUCUCUCAUCCCAUCCUCCUCCAUAGACUCUCCUCCAUAGGCAUUACUCACACCCCCCUCCACUGGUUUCACUCAUACCUCACUGGCCGCACUCAGUUCAUCCAACUCAAAUCAUUCACCUCACAGCCCUCCCCUGUCACUUCUGGUGUCCCCCAGGGUUCUGUCCUAGGCCCCCUCCUCUUCAUUAUCUAUCUCCUUCCCCUUGGCAACAUCCUCCGUAAAUUUGGCAUACAUUUUCAUUGCUUCGCAGAUGACACCCAGCUCUACCUCUCCAGCAAACCCGACGCCUCCCUUCCACCCUCCUCCCUCACCCACUGCCUCUCAGAAAUUAAAUCCUGGUUCACCUCAAACUUCCUCAAACUCAACUCCAAUAAAACAGAACUCCUCCUGGUCGGUACCAAGUCCACUCUUUCCAAAACUAACAGUUUCUCCCUCUCCAUAGACAAUUCCACAGUAUCCCCUUCCCCUCAGGUUAAGAGUCUGGGUGUCAUCCUCGACAGCUCUCUAUCAUUCCACUCCCACAUCAGUAGCAUCACCCGGUCUGCAUAUUUCCACCUACGAAACAUCAACCGUCUCCGUCCAUCACUCACUCCUCACACCACAGCUAUUCUGGUCCACAGCCUUGUUACUUCACGCAUAGACUACUGCAACUCACUCCUCUUCAGUGCCCCUCACAAAUCCCUCCAUAAACUUCAACUUGUCCAAAACUCUGCAGCCCGCAUUAUCACCAGAACCCCCUCUUUUCACCACAUCACCCCUGUCCUUCAGCAGCUUCACUGGCUCCCCGUCAAGUUCAGAAUCAACUACAAAAUCCUCCUGUACACCUUCAAGGCCAUCCAUAACCUUGCCCCCCCCCUACCUCUCCGAUCUCCUCCACAUAUCCACCCCCUCACGCUCCCUCAGAUCCUCCUCCUCCCUCCACCUCUCUGUCCCCUCUGCCCGGCUCAGCACCAUGGGGAGCAGGGCUUUCAGUCGCUCUGCUCCCAAACUCUGGAACUCUCUCCCCCCGGACCUCAGGAACAUGGACUCACUACCCCACUUUAAAUCCAAUCUCAAAACACACCUAUUCCGAAUCGCAUACUCACUUUAACUGUCUACUUUCACACCUGUAUGUUGUUUUUAUUUAUUUUAAUUAUGUUUCUAGCUGUGUUUUUAUGCCCUGUAAAGUGUCCUUGGGUGCUCAGAAAGGCGCUUUUAAAUAAAAUGUAUUAUUAUUAUUAUUAUUAUUAUUAUUAAGACUUGUGGCUAAUAAGUUUGUUUUGCAGCAAGACAAUGACCCUAAGCACUCUGCCAAGCUCUGUCAGGGUUACCUAGACAAAAAAGAAGAGGAAGGUGUUCUUCAAAAGAUGGUUUGGCUCCCUCAGUCUUCAGACCUUUCUCCAAUAGGGCUUGUGCGGGAUGAAUUGGAUCGAUCUGUCAGAAAAACGCGUCCCACGAAUCAGCCGUCUCUUUUUAAUGAACUUAAGAAAGCUUUGAAUGCAAUCCCUGAAACAUACCUUAAAAAACUUGUGGAAUGAAUGCCUGGUAUAUGCCAAGCUGUUGUUAAAGCCAGAUGAGGUUACUUUAGAGAAAGCAAAGUCUAAGCAAAAAUAACUCAAAUACCUAAUAAUUAUAGUCAAAAUGUCUUCUGAUAAGUUACUCUUUACACAAUAGUCAUGUUUUUUGUGUCGCAAAUUAUAUAUAUAUGAAACUAUGAUCUUUUUUUGUACAAAUCUGAUCUUGCUUCCAAACUUGUGGUAGUGUAUAUAUAUAUAUAUAUAUAUAUAUAUAUAUAUAUAUGUACACAUGUACAUGUGUAUGUAUAUAUAAGUACAUCUACUGUAUGUAUACUUAUAUGUGUGUAUAUAUAUAUUUAUCUAUAUACUGUAUGUAUAUAUAUGUACAGUAUCUCACAAAAGUGAGUACACCCCUCACAUUUCUGCAAAUAUUUAAUUAUAUCUUUUCAUGGGACUACUCUAAAGAGAUGACAAUUUGAUGCAAUGUACAGUAGUCAGUGUACAGCUUGUGUAACAGUGUGAAUCUGUUGUUCCCUCAAACUAACUCAACACGGAGCCAUUCAUUUUUACACCCCUGGCAACAACAGUGAGUACACCACAAAGUGAAAAUGUCCAAAUAAGGCCCAAGGACACACUUGUCUUAGUACUCCUCACCUGGUUACUGCCACACAUGCUGGACACCAUCUAAACCAAAAAAGUUUAUCUUGGUCUCAUCAGACCACAGGACUAAUUGUUUAUCAGUGACCCUGUCCUGGUAUUUAUCCUCAGCUGUCUUCCUCUUCGUCACUAUGGCAUCCGUCUCUGCUCUGCUGCUGGGAUCACUCAUCGUCAUCUUGCUAAAACGCCAUCGUGCUUCCCGCCAUGCCUCUUUCAUCAGGUAACGUUUAUCAGCUAAUGUCACUUUUUGUCAGUAUAUAGUACUGUAGAUUGUCAUAACAACACCAUCUUAAGGGCAUAGUCUCAUCGCAAAACUCCUUUCUAUAGUGGCCUUUAGAGGGCAUAUAGAAGCUUCUCUCCUUCUGACUGUCUCUCUGUCCUUCUUCCUGUCUUUCUCUCUCUAUGUCUCAUUGCCUCCUUGUCUUUCCGUCCUGUAGUUAUGACAUAGUUUAUAUGGUAAGCCACUAGGUGACACCAUAAUAAUGUUUUGACCUGUGAGCUGCGUAGUGUGUCACUGCUAGACAAUACAAGUGAGUUGGACAAAACCCAAUUCCACUGAAGUUGGGAAACUGUGAUAAACAUAAAUAAAAACAAAAUACAAUGAUUUUCAAAUCCUUUUCAACCUAUAUUCAAUUGAAUACACUACAACAACAAUAUUUAUCAUUCAAACACAUAUACUUUUUUUUGCAAAUAAUAAUUAACUCAGAAUUUCAUGGCUGCAACACGUGCCAAAGUAGUUAGGACAGGGGCAUGUUUACCACUGUGCUACAUCACCGUUCCUUUUAACAAUACUCAAUAAAUGUUUGGGAACUGAGGAGACUAAUUGCUGAAACUUUGAAGGUGGAAUUCUUUCCCAUUCUUGCGUGAUGUACAGCUUCAGUUGUUCAACAGUCCGAGGUCUCCGUUGUCGUAUUUUACGCUUCAUAAUGCGCCAAACAUUUUCAGUGGGAGACAGGUGACUGCAGGCAGGCCAGUCAAGUACCCGCACUCUUGUAACACGUGCAGAAUGUGGCUUGGCAUUGUCUUGCUAAAAUAAGCAAGGGCGUCCAUGAAAAAGACGGUGCUUGGGUGGCAGCAUAUGUUACUCCAAAGCCUGUAUGUACCUUUCAGGAUUAAUGUUGCCUUCACAGAUCAGAAUCAGAAUCAGAAUCGCCUUUAUUGUCAUUGUACACAGUCCAAUGAAAUUUUAGCGCAACCCCCUUUGGUGCAGAGCACUUGUAGUCGUAAAAAAUAAAUACUAAAAUGAAAGCCAACACAAGAUAAGUUAAGAAUAAAAAGAAAAGUAAAAAGGCAGUAAUAUAUACGGAAUGUAUACAAAAAAGGAAUGAUAUGAGAACCGAUAAAUUGCACAAGUGAAGCCGAGUGUUAUUGCACGGUGAUACCUUAAGUGAUACAUCUAUUGCACUUUGAUUAUUGUGAUCAGUAUAUAAGUUGGUUUAGGGGGACGGGUUCAACUGGACUUGUUGUUGUUGACUGUAGUGAUAGCUCUCAGGAAGAAGCUAUCCCUGAGUCUGUUGGUCCGUGUUUUGUGUGACCUGUACCUUCGGCCCGACGAUAACAGGUCAAACAGGUGUUUUUUCCGUGGGUGGUAGGAGUCCUUGAUGAUGUUGCCAGCUCUGCUCAGGUAGCGAGAGUUGGCAAUGUCCUCCAGACUGGGCAGAGGGCAGCCUGUGAUCUUCUGGGCUGAGCAGAUGACCCUCUGUAGCACUCUCCUUUCAGCUGCAGAGCCCCCCGCAUACCGAGCUAUGAUGCAGUACGCCAGGAUGCUCUCCCUGGUGCCUCUGCAGAAAGUCACCAGCAACUUCUCCUCCAGGUUAUUUCUCCUGAGCACUCUUAGGAAGUGGAGACGCUGCUGGGCCUUCCUCACCACUGCAGAAGUAUUCGCAGUCCAGGAGAGGUACUCGGAUAUCUGCACACCCAGGAAUCUCAUGGUGUGGACUCUUUCCACACAGUCCCCAUGGAUGUAAAGUGGGGCUGGGUCCACUCUGCCCCUCCUAAAGUCUAUGAUGAUUUCUUUUGUUUUUGUGGUGUUCAGUUGGAGGUUGUUUACUGAACUCCACGCAGACAGUCUGUUGACCUCAUCUCUGUAGUUGGACUCGUCUCCCCCUGAGAUAAGUCCGACCACGGUGGUAUCGUCUGCAAACUUUGUAAAGGUGUUUGAGAGAUGGGUCGGGGAGCAGUCGGAUGUGUAAAGUGUGAACAGAAGGGGACUCAAAACACAUCCCUGUGGAGAGCUGGUGUUGAGUGUGAUGGUGCUGGAGAGGUGGGGGACAAGUCUGACAGAUUGUGGAUGGUUUGUCAGGAAGUCUUUGAUCCAGAGGCAGAUGGUGGUGGAAAGACACAGGUGGGACAGUUUCUGGAUCAGGAUCUCUGGGAUGAUGUGAUUGAAAGCUGAGCUGAAGUCCAGGAAGAGCAUCCUCACAUAGUUCCCCAGGUGUUCCAGAUGGCUCAGCGCGGUUACGAGUGCUAUGGUGAUAGCAUCCUCAGUGGAUCAAUUUGCCCUGUAGGCAAACUGGUAGCGGUCCAGAGUGGGAGGAAGAUGGGUCCUGAUGUGCUGAGAGACCAGUCUCUCAAAACACUUCAUAAUUACAGGCAUAAGUGCAACAGGCCUGUAAUCAUUGGGGCUGUUCACAGCUGUCUUCUUGGGUGCAUCUGGAGUUUGUGAUGUGAUUUAUCCCCUGCCACAUACUUCUGGGGUUGUUAUCAGCGAAGUGAUCUUCAAUCCUUCUCCUGUAGGCCGCCUUGGCUUCCCUGAUGCCCCUUUUCAGGUCCGCCCUGGCCUCGCUAUACACUGCCCUGUUUCCUGACUUGAAGGCAGUGUUGCGUUUUUUCAGGAGGGAUUGCACUUCGCUGUUCAUCCAGGGUUUUUGGUUGGCAAACACCCUGACCCUUUUGUUGACGGUGACAUUGUCUACACAGUUCCUGAUGUAGGAGAGUACAGUGUCCGUGAACUCCUGGAGGUUGUGGCUGAAGAAUAAAUCCCAUACAGUAGUGGAGAAGCAGUCCUGUAACUGAUAGAGGGCUCCUUCAGGCCAGGUCUUUAUUGUCUUUCUCUCAGGUUUUGUUUUCCUCAGCAGGGGGGUGUAAGUGGGGGUGAGGGACAUGCUGAGGUGCUCAGAUCCAGCCAGGUGGGGGAGGGGUGUAGCUUUGUAUGCAUGCUUGAUGUUAGAAUAAACAUGAUCCAAAGUGUUAUUCCCUCUAGUGGCAAAAUCUACAAACUGGGCGAGUUUGUGGAGCACAGACUUUAGGCAUGCUUGGUUGAAGUCGCCGGCCACAAUGAGAACCGCGUGGGGAUGGGCGAGCUGCUGUUUAUUUAUGGUGUUAAACAGCAGGCUGAAAGCCAUGCUAAUGUUAGCAUCCGGUGGGAUGUAAACAGCUAUCACCUUGACUACUGUAAACUCCCUUGGGAGUCCUGCUGGUGUAGUGUGCGGCCUGCUAGCUCAAUUGCAGCAUCGGGAAUCAGCGGGUGAAGCCACGACUCUGUGAUAAAAACGAUGUUGCAGUUCCGCACAAAGCUUGUUGUAGCCAUCUGUAGCUCCAAUUCAUCCAUUUUGUGGGUGAUGGAUCUGGCGUUUGAGAGGAAAAGGCUUGGUACUGCUGGCCUGUGAGGUUGCUUACUUAGCCUAGCAGCUGAGCCCGACCGGCAUCCCCGCUUCUGCUUCCUCUCUCUUCGCUGCCUCCUGCGCUUGCCGGGCAGGCUGACCAUCCACAGAGACCCCGGCAUUCUCGCUAUGUCCUCCGGGAUGUUGUGUAUUCAUUGAUAGUCGCCAGUAACCGCCAAGCUGUACCUGCAGCCCAGGUCGAGUAAAGUCUGACGACUAUAUGAAACGGCUGCCUUAUUUAAAUAAAGGAGUGCACACAAAAAUAUAAAAAACAAGCACCAAACUGGAGAGCUAAGAGCCGCUGCACCCGUGCGUGCCGCCAUCUUGAAACGUUGUGUAAGAUGUGUAAGUUACCCAUGCCUUGGGCACUAAUGCACCCCCAUACUAUCACAGACGCUAACUUUUGAACUGUGUCGAUAACAGUCCGGAUGGUUCUUUUCCUUUUUGGCCCGGAGAACACGUUUCUGGAUGUUGUUGAUAAAUGGCUUUCACUUUGCAUAGUAGAGUUUUAACUUGCACUUACAGAUGUAGCGACGAACUGUAUUUACUGACAGUGGUUUUCUGAAGUGUUCCUGAGCCCAUGUGGUGAUAUCUUUUACACAUUGAUGUCGGUUUUUUAUACAGUGCCGCCUGAGGGAUCGAAGGUCACAGGCAUUCAAUGUUGGUUUUCUGGCUGUGCCGCUUACAUGCAGUGAUUUCUCCAAAUUCUCUGAACCUUUUGAAGAUAUUCUGGACCGUAGAUGUUGAAAUCCCUAAAUUCUUUGCAAUUGUACUUUGAGAAACGUUGUUCUUAAACUGCUCAACUAUUUGCUCAUGCAGUUGUUCACAAAGUCGUAAACCUCAACCCAUCCUUGCUUGUGAAUGACUGAGAAUUUUUGGGGAAGCUGCUUUUAUACACAAUCAUGGCACACAUCUGUUCCUAAUUAGCCUGCUCACCUGUGGGAUGUUCCAUAUAGGUGUUUGAUGAGCAUUCCUCAAGUUUCUUAGUAUUUUUUGCCACCUUUCCCAACUUCUUUCGCACGUAUUACAGCCAUGAAAUUCUGAGUUAACUAUUAUUUGCAAAAAAAAAUUUAAAUAAAGUUUAUGAGUUUGAACAUUAAAUAAGUUGUCUUUGUAGUGUAUUGAAUUGAAUAUAGGUUGAAAAGGAUCUGCAAAUCAUUGAAUUCUGUUUUUAUUUACGUUCAUUACACUUUCCCAAUUUCAAUGGAAUUGGGUUUUGUUGAAGAAGACAAGUACACUGGCUGUAUGUGUAGCUUACCUGCUAUGCAUACACACUAAAAGUUAAUGUUCAACAUACCCAUGUAUCUUUAAUGUUUUAAAGAAAAACACAACAUGUCCCUCAUUCCCUUUUUCUCUCUGUCUCUUUGUUUCUCUCUCUCUCUGUCUUUCUUUUUCUCAUUUCUUUCUUUGUCUGUUUGUCUCACUUAACUCUGUUUCUCUGUGUCUCUGCAGUGACAAGGAGGAACUUCUUCCUGAUGACUCGUCGUCUCUCGAGUCUCUUAGUGUCCCACAGAGUCCUGAACCUGACCAGGUGUGAGAAGGCCAGUGAUGUUGUCAUCAGUCUGGGUUUUAUGAAGGAUUUGUUGUCUUUAAUUUUGAAAGCUGUUCCUGUGCUUGACUUUUUCUUUACUUUUAGACUUUUCUUUUGUUGAUUAACAAUAAGGUGAGCCUUCUUCCUGUCUUGAGUCAGGUGGUCUUCACCUCCAUGUCUUGUUAAUGUCUGAUUGCCGGGGUUUAUCAGCUUCGUUUAGCCCAGACUAUGUAGUUAACUGAUGCUCAGGUUAUACUGAACCUUUAUUUUGAAUGAUGUUCUGUCAGGUGGAGGUGAACAGGUGAGGUCUCUCAGCCAUCAGCUGUUUUUAAGAUUUUGUUACAGGCUGAACCAGCAGGUGUGCCACUGUUAGUUUUAUUCAGUCCAUUUUCUCUGGAAAAGAAAUUAUUUUUUAAAAUACAUUUGGUUGGGUUUUUGUAAAAGAAAACAUUCUAUUUUGAACUAAUAAUCGAUAUUUGAUCAUUAAUAUUUCCAAAAGACUGAAACAUUACAUAUUGUGGCACUCAGUACUGCACUCAGAUUGGCUGUACAGCAAGAUGUAGUUUUUUGAAGUAGCACAUGGAGGUGGCACUAAUUUUUUGGCUACUUGUUUCUGUUUGAUUCCAAUCUUUAAGCUAAGCACACAGUAAGCUGUUACAAAUUUCACUACACUAUGAUUUCAGCUUGACCUCUUACCUCUGAGCUGUUUGUUUUGAGGAGUUUUACUUUUGACCUAAAUAAUGUAACAUUUGAAGCUCAGUCUGAAUAAUUAAAGAGAUUGAUAAUGAUUAUUACUUCACGGUUUUUAAUGCUUGUGAACGAUGAAUAAUGUUUAUUUCAGCUGUCUAUGGUCUGGGAUCAAACUCACAUUAAAGUCUUUAUGAAUGAACCCUA